AUUGGCCUUUCCUUCAGUAGACUAGCAUGUCGAUUUGUUUAUUAAAAACAUGCAGACGCCAGACAGUCUAGAAUCUAGACUUUACAUUAUUUCAAGAUUAUAACAGUCUAAAUCUAACUCACUGACUUAGUUAGGUUAACCUACAGAGAUACCUGUCAAAUACAAAUCUCAAAUUGUGUACUAUUAUUUUGUGGAUCUAAAUUUGAUCAUGUGUGUUUUUGAAUAAUUAUUUGUUUGUGUGUCCUUAUAAAGUGUUGGUUAUAAUAUAUUUGUGAAGUGAUUAUUGUUUUAGUGUAUUUGAGAAAAGUUUAUUUUUAUUCACUAUGAAUGCAAAAGUAUUCAAGACACAAAUGCCUACAACAACUGACUCUAAUGUCGUGAAAAUUGCUGUUGAAAUGGCAGAUCAAAAUCCCCAAUUAAAGGGUUUUAAUCAAACGCAGCCUUUAGCUGCCAUUAUUCAAGAUCUAUGUAAUGGUUGGAAUCUCACUGAACCAGAGCAGUAUGCUCUUCAAUUUUCAGAAGUAAAUAACCAAAAUUAUGUAACUGAAAAAAAUAGAAAUGAGGUUAAAAAUGGAUCAGUUUUAAGAUUGGCUCAUUCACCUUCUAAAACUGCCCAUGAUAUACUGCAAAAACUUAAUUCUGGCACAAAUGAGGAAAAGGUUGGAGCCCUUCAAAAAUUAUCAAGUUUGAGUACUGAUGUAACUUUUGCUCUAGAGUUUAUCAACAAACAAGGUUUAGGAUACAUCAUUGGACUAAUUGAAAAUGGGAAAUGUGUUGGAGGUAUGCUAGCUUACUCCCUACUCUCGUUUGUGGAAUUGAUGGACCAUGGUAUUGUAUCAUGGGAUAUACUCGAGGUACCUUUCAUUAAUACAGUGGCAAGUUAUGUUAAUAACCAGUCGAGUACAGCACAAGAUGGUAAAGUAGUUCAAGCUUCCUUGUCAAUUCUAGAAAAUAUUGUUCUUAACAGUUCAGGAAAAUAUGGACAUGUUGAAAAAGAAGUUACGUUUCCUAAUUUAGUGAUGCAUUUACAAAGCCAGAAUCAAGCUAUUCAGCUAAAUGCAAUAUCUCUGAUCAAUGCGUUAUUUUUGAAGGCUGAUCCAGCUAAAAGUAAAGCCAUUUCUGCUACUCUGUGCUCUAAACAAGUCCGCAAUGUCAUAUGGACCAACAUCAUCCAGUCGGCAUCAGGACAAUUUUCUGUUGCUGAAUUUAUUGCUCCUUGUACAUCUGAUAGUCAAAAGUGGGCUUAUGUCGAUCAAGGAGUUGGAACAGAAAUGGCUCACCAAUUAUACGUCCUACAGACAUUAUCUCUGGGACUUUUGGAACAACGGAUGAACAUCAAGAUGGAUCCUCAGGAUCAAGAUGCACAUGACAAGAUAAAAGAAUUGCGACGGAUUGCCUUUGACUCGGACGGGACAGGCUCUACAGACGGAGUGGCUCGCAGACAGCAUGGUGGUUACGCCAAGGACUAUAAGAAGCUAGGAUUCAAGUGUGAUAUCAAUCCUGCGAUGGACUUCACUGAGACACCUCCUGGCAUGUUGGCGCUGGACUGCAUGAUCUACUUUGCUCGCAAUCACACGGAGAGCUAUACCAAGGUAGUGUUGGAGAACUCCUGCAGAGCUGACGAACACGAGUGUCCGUUUGGCCGCACCAGUGUGGAGCUAGUUAAGCUGCUCUGCGAGAUCCUCCACAUUGGAGAACCACCAAGCGAACAGGGCCAGAACUACCAUCCUAUGUUCUUCACUCACGAUCAUCCUUUUGAAGAGUUCUUUUACAUCUGUAUUGUCCUGCUGAACAAGACCUGGAAGGAAAUGCGCGCUACUACAGAGGACUUUGUUAAGGUAUUCAGCGUGGUGCGGGAGCAGAUCACACGUGCGCUAGCCACACAACCGGCCGAGCUCUCUAUGUUCAAGGCAAGGCUGCAACUGCUGACUUAUGCAGAGAUCACUAAUCUAUGGCAGCAGGAGCGUACGUCGCGUGAAGAGUGGGAGAGUCAUGCACGGCCUGUCACACAGCUCAAGGAGAUGAUCACACCAGAGAUCAUGGAGCUUAUACAGCAGCAACGACUCGGCUUUUUAGUUGAAGGCACCAGAUUCACCAAGUACUCCAACAGAGGGCAGAGGAUAAAAGACAAGUUCUGGUACGUGAGACUGUCACCCAACCACAAGGUGUUUCACUACGGAGACUGUGACGAGAAGUGUGUGCCGACUCUGGAGGAGUUGCCUAACAAGCUGGCCGUUGUGGACAUCAAGGCUCUACUCACUGGCAAGGAGUGUCCUCACAUGAAGGAUGUCAGAGGUAGGAAGACACCUCACCAACUGGCCUUCUCGCUAACAUUAGACUCAGUUGAUGUCACCUCCUUGGAUUUUGUUGCUCCAAAUGAGGAAGAAUAUGACUACUGGACUGAUGGCAUCAAUGCACUGCUAGGUAACAAGAUGUUGAGCAAAGAAACAGAGAAUGAUCUGGAGACUCUGCUGUCAAUGGAGAUCAAACUGCGGCUAUUGGAUGCGGAGGGAGUGGACAUCCCGCAGGAACCUCCACCAAUCCCUGAUGAUCCUCCUAACUAUGACUUCUGCUACGAGCUCAAAUAGAACAUAAAAGUCAACUAUAGUAGUGAAAUGGGUUCCUUGCUGGAAAAGAGAAUGCCUAAGAGGAAGUAUUAUAAAAGUGCAAUGUAAUAUUUUGGAUUUGAAAGUAGCACCAAAGCUCUAGUCAACUGAGGUUAAGUCUAAAUAAUACUAAAUUUUAUAUUCCUGCCUUCAAUUACAUAGCGAUUUUUUUUUUUUAAUCAAGAAAAUGUAAAAUGUAUGCUCACCAAUUCACUUUACCUGCGAGGAAAUUGGAAAAACUAGCAUUUAGCAAACAUUGAGGUAUGUAAAUAAAAUUGAAUUUAUCGCAACAAAAAUUAAGCAAAACUUAGUAGGUGCACACUUAUAGUCGAGAAAGCCCCAAGGCAUAGGAGAAAAACAUGUAAUACAUUUUUCCUUAACUAUAAUGCUCAAUGCCCAUGUUUUACUCCCCAAAUCUUAAUAUAAGAACCAAAUUAAGUUUAAAUCAAAAUUAUUUUUGUAAGCAUACAACAUUACUAAAUUUGUUUGAUUUGAUAAGUGUGUACUUUAAAUUGUACCAAUGUAAAAUCUAUAAACUUUUUAUUUUAUAUAACUAUAAAAACAACCAAAAACUAUAUAUUACAAAAUUGUAAGUAAAAAAUUAAUCUUGAUCAAUUACUUAUUUGGUAAAAUUUUGUUUUUGAUUACUGCUCAUAUCCGUUUGAUAUAGUGAUGAUAUCGUAUUAUUUUGCAAAGUGUCCGGGAUACUGUGGCUCUACUGACUGUUGUUAGUGCGAGCAAUGACGGUAUAGCGUUAUAACGCACCUACUGGUUGCAGUUGGGUAGCUUAUCACAUGAUUUAUUGUAUAAAUAAACCAUAUUUCAUUGAUCAGUA